AUGGGGCCGGACAGACACUGGACCACUGGAACAACACCAUUCAUCCACACUUUGGCUGAGGCUGAAAUCCCGGGCUUGGGAGCGAAGCGCAGUUCACUGCGGCCCCCUGCUCUCCACAAAAAGGUCCGAAGGGGGAGCCGGGGAGAGUGCCGGGAAAGGGGGGGGGGGUGUCCCAGUGACAGGCAGGAAGCCCGGCGACGCGAGGUCCAGCCCGAGGCCCGGGGCUUCGGCGCCACCGGGGCAGCAAAAGGUCCGAUUGGUUCCAGGCCGCGAGGAGGCCCCGCUGCCGCGCCGGGGAGACCGCCCGUCCCCACCCACGGCCUGGGCCAGUCACUCACCGUUGGAGAGACGACGGACAGCCGGCGUCUCCGCCAGCGCCGCGGCUUGGGCUCCAGCGCCGGCUCCCGCAGCUGCAGCCGCGGCGCCUGGUCCAUCCCCACCCCACCCUCCCCCUCCCGGCCCGCCCCCCGCACCCUUCGGCCACAGCUAACGCCGCCGCCGCCGCCACGGCCCCGGCGCGCGAGCGCGAAGCGGCGCGAGGGAACGACAGGGAGUGCGAGAGCGAGAGCGCGCACCGUCGCCACCGCCGCCCACCACCUCCGGCUCCCGCUGAUGGCGCAGGCGCGAGGCGGCGCCCGGCGGGGACGCGCACGCCGUCAGGGGCGUGACCGGACUCAGAAGGUGUGGCCACGCCUCGGGCCCGCCCACCCACGCGGGCGCAGGCCAAGUGGGCUGGGGCGCUCUGUCUCCAGGGCCUUCCAGCUAACGGACUGCCUUUUCGUCAAAUAUCACCGCUGAAGAAACUGCCAAGUGGCCCCCAGCCCAUCCCUUUAAUUCUACCUGUUACUCUAGUUUAGUCGUCCAUCACUGGGACGUGGAAGCUUCUUUCGUGUUGGAGCAGCUGGAAGUGCAAGGCGGGAAUAAACGGAGUCCUUGGCCUUGUGAAGUUUGAGCGAAAUCAGCGGGGGAUGAUAGAGCUCGGUUCAGCCUUUGAAUUGGGAAGAGUGCACUGGUUGAGGGUAUAGCUUGGCCAGUAGGGGAGCUGAGAGACCACUGAUUGCGGUGCAGCCAUGACUUAGACUGCUUGUGAAAGGAGGUGAGCAAAGGAGCGCAGGGACAGGUUUGGGUUUCCUUCAGCCGUGGCUGCAAGGCUAGUAACUUGAUUUUGUCUGAUUUUAAAUGAUGGCGCAGGCAUUUGAAAAGUGGCCUAGGGGUGGAGGUGGGGGGAAGGCCAGUCAGGAGGCUACUGGCGAGAUAGUUAAGGCAAGGUAGGAGAGUGGUCAUAGAGAAAAACGUUGUUUGGGGGUGAAAUAGAUAA